AUGACGCCCAGCGUUACUUCACCUCCCUCACCCGCAACUCGUGAAGCUCUCACGUCUUUCGAUAUCCUUGGGGUCAUCUUUGAAGCCUGUCUUGCCUUAGACUUUUCUGUCGAAUGGCAGAGCGACGUUUGGCAAAAGAUGGCUCUUGGGGCGGUGUGCAGAUGUUGGAGACUCGUCUUGGAGUCACUUCCCGCCUUGUGGUCGCACAUAAUCCUGGUCCCGCGAAUGCCUCAGUAUUACAUCGACAAGGUUUUUCGGCUUGCCAAGGCAGCUCCGAAACGUUUGAGCAUCGAACUUCUCCGUGACUCGGAAUUGGAUACCACGUUUUUGUCUUCGGUUGCCGCUCUCCUGGUUGCCAAAGCGGAGUCCGUCACCCACCUCUCUGUUCAUUAUUACUCCUACUUCGCCUGGAACACCUUCAUCGACUACAUAUCAGCAGUAAACUCUCAACCAAACCUUUCCUCCCUCCAGCGAUUAUCCGCAACCUUGAACCAGCCUGACACUGAACUCUCUCAUCCGUUUCCGGGUCUUACUCCAUCAUUGGAGCACCUCCAUCUUGACGGGUUAAAUCCUAGCUCGUUCAUGAUCGGCCCCAACAUCGUAACAUUGGUCCUCAUGCGUUGGGAUCUUGUUGACAAUCCCAUCGACUCCUUCGUUUUUGCUGCAACCUUACUCGACUGUCUUGACCAGGUUACAAAUCUCGAAACUCUUGUCAUCGAUAUCAACGAGCCCCUCAUUGCGCAUUCUAUCCAUCUAGUUGUUCUUCCCCAUUUGAACAACCUAACUUUUGUUUGCCAUACAUCAUCUCCCCACGCUUGCGGCACCUUGAUAUCACAGAUCCGCGUCCCACAAGCACAAGCGCUGACAUUGUGUCUCACUAGUUUGCGCAAUAUGCAGCACUUCCUUUCCAUGAAUGAAACUCUCAUCUCAUGUGUUACUUCGUUGCGCCUAGUCGGGCACAUUUCUGCCUAUAUCGAGUACACCGGAGGUCAAGCAAAGCUUUUGUCUUCGUUAAUGGGCACCAAACUCCACAGUUUGAAUCUCUUCGAUGUGACAGGACUGUUUGGCUACAAUCGGCAGCGACGAGUUUUUGUGCAAACCCAGUUUCUCGAAAUCAUUGCGCAUACGCUUGCUAUUCCGACUGUUCUUCAUUUGGUCGUGCCGCCGUUACUUUCGCCCCCAUAUCCAGACUUGCAUCCCACCUUGAUCAGGUCGUUGUUCGAGCCUGCAUCCAUCCCUGGGAGAACGCAACACGUUGUCGAGGAACAUGCGUUGUGCCUUGAUUCGGGCAGCUAUCAUUCUAAAUGCAGUCGCCGGUGGUCCUGGGACCAUCAUGGACUUCACUGGACAAAGGAAGCAAGCACGCUGCCUCCUCCCGAUUAUGUGUCUUUCCCAGAGUCGAUUUGGUUUGACUGA